UGAGGCCCGGGUCAUUACUGUCAUUAAUAAAAAAUCAGUCUUAUUCUUAUCCAUGUAAGUAAUCUAGUAAAAUCUAUUAAUCUAUUAAUAUACAUGUAUACACCACGCAUUAACAUCUCAGUACACUCAGUGGACUUUUUAAACAUUUUUAACGUAUUCCUAGGCCUCAGCUCAAAUCAUUGUUCCUUUGCUAUACCAUAAAUGUAUAUGGGUCUUAUAUGGUAUUAUAUUGUAGCUUGUAAAUAGACACCGGUCAAAUAGUUUUAUACAUGCUCAUACUAUAGCAUUCUGUGCCUUGUAUGUAAAAUAGGCUAUUUAUAAAUCUGGUCAGAACUGUGUAUGUAUGAUCACGAUGAUUGCAUGCUGAAUUACAAAUGCGUAUAUAGUAUUAGCACGUGGAUUGUACUACUGUGUGUUAUUAGUUCAAGCAAGGACAUUGCGGUGUGUUAUAUAUUUACUUUUUAUAUAUUGACCGUUGUAUAUCGGCUGUUUAGGAAAAGUGUACCUGUGUAUUGUAGAAUAUAUCACAAAAAGGUGUUUAUUGAUUUCUGUUAUUGUUGAGGAUAUUUCAUUCGUGUAGUAGAAUCUAGAGACUAUUUACAACGUUUGCAACAUGAGGAACAUAGUUAUCUACUCUGUGAUGAGCGUGAUAUUGUUCAGUAAUGAGGUAACAGGAUACACAAGCGGUGCACCAGCGUCUCAGUGUACAAUGAUGACGCCGGGACAUUACCCAUCGACUUCUAAUGACAUUUCUGGUACACCUUAUACGAUUACUCCCUCAAGUUCGACAUACACUCCAGGGGCAUCUAUGACCAUUACAUUAGCUGGAUCGCAAACAUACAAAGGAUUCUUCAUUCAGGCGAGGGCACCAGGCUCCGACACACCUCUGGGAACAUUCUCCAACCCAUCGACCAGUACAAAACUUCAGACUUGCCCUGGAGGGACCAACAAUGCUGUUACACAUUCAGAUGGAACGACGAAGUCUACUAGCACAAUGACGUGGGCUGCUCCUGGGGAUCUUACUGGAGAUGUGCAGUUUAUAACUACAUUUGUGACUCAGUAUAACUCAAUAUGGGUUAAAGUUCCAUCUGCUAUCCUGACUAAAGGUACAACAGUGGCCACUAAUACAACCAUUGCUCCCGCUAAUAAUGCUACGGAAACUACGGAGAGUAUGACAGAUCCUACUGGAACCACUGCUACAACUCCAACCUCAUAUGGAAUACAAGUUCGUCCAUCUUUCCAACUAAUGAGUGGAAUCUUAUGUGCAUUUGGUGCACUGCGAAUGGCAAUAUGUUAAGAUGUUUAAUGUCAACUUUUUAAUCUGACUGUACAUUCCUCAGUGUAAUUAAGGACAGACUAUCUAGAGUUUUACACUAAACUAAGUGACUGCGGAUAAUAUCAUGUAAUAAUGCUGCGAAACGCACAAAAAACAUGGGUACAUUACCAUUUCUGCAUCAUUCAGUAUAUUUUUUAAAAUAUGUACCGUCUUUAAGGAAGGUACAGCUUUUAUGUAGCUGCAGGUAGUGCUGUUUCUACAAAACAGAUUCUGUAACUUUAAUUUAUCAUUUUGUGUCACCCAGUAAAAUUUCAUCAAUCUGCAGGUACAUAUAACAUGCAGGUUUUAUCAUAUGCAGCUCGGAUACCGAAUAGUACUGUUGACCAUUUGGUACUAUAUGUACAUGUAGGGUACAAUUUAUUAAGCUAUUUACUUCUUCAUAAACAUUACAAGUUGUCAAUAAAGAUGGGGUCGAAUGGAUUUCAAAGAUUUUGGAAGUCAUUUUCUGACCUCGUUCUCUUUUUAUUGUUUUAUUGUUAUUGUUUAACCGUUUGAAUUAAAAACAAUUGAUUGUUAAUAUUGCAGCAUGGUAAAACAUUUACUUCGAUUUUAAAGAAAAAUAUAUUGAGUAUAUGGAG